GUGGACGCCGGCGAGAGGAGGCCGCGCUCCCGCUGCCGUGAUGAGACCCCGGAAAGCUUGCCUGCUGGUCCUGCUCCUGGCGCUGGCGCAGCUGCUGGCCGUGGCGAGCGCCAGGGGGCCGGACGAAGAUUCUAAUAAAGAAGAGGCCAUGGAGGAGGAAGAUGAGGAGGAAGAAGAUGAAGAGGAGGAGGAGGAAGAUGACUUGGAAGUUAAGGAAGAAAAUGGUGUCUUAAUUCUAAGUGACGCAAAUUUUGAUAACUUUGUGGCUGACAAGGACACGGUGCUGCUGGAGUUCUACGCCCCGUGGUGUGGACAUUGCAAGCAGUUUGCUCCAGAAUAUGAAAAAAUCGCUAGUACCUUGAAGGAGAAUGACCCUCCCAUUCCUGUCGCUAAGAUCGACGCGACCUCAGAGUCAGGGCUGGCCAGCAGGUUUGAUGUGAGCGGCUACCCCACCAUCAAGAUCCUCAAGAAGGGGCAGGCUGUUGACUACGAGGGCUCCAGGACCCAGGACGAAAUCAUUGCCAAGGUCAAAGAGAUCUCCCAGCCCGACUGGACGCCUCCACCAGAAGUCACGCUUGUGCUGACCAAAGACAACUUCGAUGAAGUGGUGAACGAGGCAGACAUCAUUCUGGUGGAGUUUUACGCCCCAUGGUGUGGGCACUGCAAGAAGCUGGCCCCCGAGUACGAGAAGGCCGCCAAGGAGCUGAGCAAGCGCUCGCCCCCAAUCCCGCUGGCGAAGGUCGACGCCACUGCGGAAACAGACCUGGCCAAGAGGUUCGACGUGUCUGGCUAUCCCACCCUGAAGAUCUUCCGCAAGGGAAAGCCUUUUGAGUACAACGGUCCGAGGGAGAAGUACGGGAUCGUCGACUACAUGAUCGAGCAGUCCGGGCCGCCCUCCAAGGAGGUUUUGGCCCUGAAGCAGGUCCAGGAGCUCCUGAAGGAUGGAGAUGAUGUCAUCAUCGUUGGGGUCUUCAAGGGGGAGAGUGACCCGUCCUACCAGCUGUACCAGGAUGCUGCCAACAACCUGAGAGAAGAUUACAAAUUCCACCACACCUUUAGCACUGAAAUAGCAAAGUUCUUGAAAGUCUCCCCAGGGAAGUUGGUCAUGAUGCAGCCUGAGAAAUUCCAGUCCAAAUAUGAUCCCAGGAGCCACACGAUGGACAUCCAGGGCUCCGUGGAGGGCUCCGCCAUCAAAGACUUCGUGCUGAAGCACACCUUGCCCCUGGUGGGUCACCGGAAGCCCUCCAAUGACGCCAAGCGGUACACGCGCCGCCCUCUGGUGGUCGUCUACUACAGCGUGGACUUCAGCUUCGACUACAGGGCGGCCACUCAGUUUUGGCGGAGCAAAGUGCUGGAGGUGGCCAAGGACUUCCCCGAGUACACCUUUGCCGUGGCUGACGAGGACGACUUUGCCACGGAGGUGAAGGACCUGGGGCUCAGCGAGAGCGGGGAGGACGUCAACGCCGCCGUCCUGGACGAGGGCGGGCGGAAGUUCGCCAUGGAGCCCGACGAGUUCGACUCCGACACCCUCCGAGAGUUCGUCAUGGCUUUCAAGAAAGGAAAACUGAAGCCCGUCAUCAAAUCCCAGCCGGUGCCCAAGAACAACAAGGGGCCAGUCAAGGUCGUGGUGGGGAAGACCUUCGACUCCAUCGUGAUGGACCCCAAGAAGGACGUCCUCAUUGAGCUGUACGCGCCCUGGUGCGGGCACUGCAAGCAGCUGGAGCCCGUGUACACCGCCCUGGGCAAGAAGUACAAGAGCCACAAGAACCUGGUCAUCGCCAAGAUGGACGCCACUGCCAACGACAUCACCAGUGACCGCUACAAAGUCGAGGGCUUCCCCACCAUCUACUUCGCACCCAGUGGGGACAAAAAGAACCCGAUUAAAUUUGAGGACGGAAACAGAGACCUGGAACAUUUGAGCAAGUUUAUAGAACAACACGCAACAAAGCCGAGCAGGACCAGGGAGGACCUUUGAAGCUCUGAGUGAGGGAGGCAGGAGGGACCACACACUGGCUUCCAGAGGCGGGAGCCCGAGCGAGCCGCCGGCCCAUGGUCAGCGCCAGGGCCGGGUCUCCAGUUUUUGGUUGUUUUUGUUACUGUUUUUUAAAUUUUUUAUGCUCUGGUAUUUCACUUCAUGCUCUGAAUACUGAAUAGGUAUGAAUGGUUCAGUAGACUAGGCCAGAUUCUUCCAGAGGGUACAUCUAUUUUUAUCCUUAUUUGGGGUUUGAUUUUUUUUUAAACCUUCCACUUUCUUUAAUGUAUUUCUUCAAAGCAGAUAAGUUGAAUCUCCUCUGUGUGAAUGUUUUUUUUUUUUUAAUUUAAAAUUUUAAAAACCUUUGCCAAAUCAUGUUGAUUUCUGCUCUUCGCUUUGUCGUCGUCUGAGGACUUUGUAACCGGAGUGCGUUAGUUUCUGCUUCUUCCUGCUCGGGCGGCGGAGAGAACCUUCCCCGCACGUCCUGCCGAGGGCGCCCCUGCAGCCACCUCUGGGCCGCUGUCCCAUCCAGACAAGCAGCACCUGGGACCGGGCGUCGCCCAGCCUUCUCCAGGACCUCGGACAAGGAGCCUUUCCC